UAGUGCAAUUUUUUUUUAUAGAUUGUAGCAUGGUGUAGCGAAUUGAAUCUGUAUACAUAAAACAUGGGUUUUCUAUUCGAUUCUGUGGUCAUGUUUUCCACACAAAUAUUAUUCUUUGGAUUUGGAUGGGUCUUCUUUAUCUGGCAACUGUUCAAAGACUAUGAAUGUCACCACAGAACUGUACAGGUUAUUUUCUCACUAACUUUUGCCCUUUCCUGUACCAUGUUUGAACUUAUUAUAUUUGAAAUCGUGGGCCUGCUUAAUUUGAGCUCAAGGUUUUUCCACUGGAAGUUAAACUUGUACAGUAUGCUGUUUGUUGUUGUGUUUUUGGUGCCUUUCUGUAUUGCCUACUUUGUAGUUAGCAAUAUACGACUUCUACAAAAGUACAGGCUAAUAGCAGGAGGAAUUAUAUGGAUGCUUUUCAUUUAUUUCUUCUGGAAAAUCGGAGACCCUUUUCCAAUUCUCAGCGCCCAACAUGGAAUAUUAUCAAUUGAACAAGUUAUAAGCAGAGUCGGUGUCAUUGGAGUGACAGUUAUGGCUCUAUUGUCAGGCUUUGGUGCCGUGAAUUGCCCGUAUACCUACUCCUCCUAUUUCUUACGCCAUGUAACCGACGACGAUAUACAUACAAUGGAAAAAAAGCUGCUUCAAACGUGCGAACUCAUUGUUAAUAAGAAGAAGAGAAUUUCAGUCGCUCAGCAAAUGAACUCGGCAAAUCGUGAUGCAGAUGUUAGAAGUGGUAUAUGGGCAAGGUUUCGAAGCGCUGCUACUACGCAGCUGCCUGUGUCAAGUGAAAACAUCACACAGCUUCAACAAGAUGUUAAAACUCAUGAAGAAUUGAGCAGGCAGUUGUUUCUUGAGACUGUGGACUUGCAUGCUACCAAGGAGAGGAUACAAUACUCAAAGACAUUAAAAGGAAGAUACUUUAACAUUCUUGGCUACUUUUUCUCACUGUACUGUAUGUGGAAAAUCUUCAUGUCUUUCAUUUUAAUUGGAGUUAUGAUUGUGACAUCAAUAAGGGGGUUGUUGAUCACACUUACCAAGUUCUUCUAUGCGAUUUCUAGCAGCAAGUCAUCUAAUAUCAUAGUGAUGGGUCUUGCACAAAUAAUGGGAAUGUACUUCGUGUCAUCUGUUCUACUGAUGAGAAUGAAUAUGCCCGAGUCUUAUAGGACAAUUAUAACAGAAGUACUCGGCGAAUUACAAUUCCAGUUCUACCAUCGCUGGUUUGAUGUUAUAUUCCUUGUCAGUGCUUUAAGCAGCAUUGGCUUCUUAUAUCUUGCUCAUAAACAAGCACCUGAAAAACACACUGUCAGAGAGUUACAUUUAUCCAGUGCAUUUACUUAGUUAAGAAUCUGGUUCGAUUUUCAGUUGAUUUUUUUCUCGUUUCACACUAGAGUUUUGGUGAUGCAUAAACGCAAUAGUGAUGUCACAGAUUAAUGUUAGUAUAGUGUAAUAUUAUAUUAAACAUAGUUAGAUAAAUUUAAAACCAGUAAUUCUUUAUAAAUUGUAUUUCAAAUAUUAAUAGACCGCACUCAAAACAUGUGCAUUAUAAUUUACUAAAAUAUUUUGUCCAUAACAGUCAUUACAGUUCAUGACAAAUUUUGAAAUGUUUUACUUUAUUUGCCAUUUUGCGCUAACUGAUAAAUUAUUGCCAUAUUUUACUGCUAGAUGAACCGUGGUACCUUAAGUUAGUUACAUCAACAUAGUUAUAUAAGCAUGGAGAGAUUGCAAACGGUGAAGUUAAAACGGUUAGGUUUGCAUGAAUACCUAUGCAGUUUACCACCUGCAAUACUGGACUCAUUAUAUGAACACCCUGCAACUUGUAUGGCUGUAUUUAGGGAGCUCCCAGAGCUAGCCAAGUAUUAUAUUAUGCGAAUAUUGUUCGUGGAACAACCUAUAUCUAAAGCUGCUGUGUCUGCUUGGGUGAAAGUUAAUGCUAAGCAAGACCACAAUGAAGCUGUGAAAUCCAUGUGCAGCUUACGGGUUUGGAUGGAGAGUAAUCUACAAGGUUCAGCUUCAACUGCCUUCAUUAUGAGCUCAAUAUUUAGAAGAAAUCUACAAAAAGCACUUGUUGGCGGUGGGGAGCCAUGGUCAAGCACCGCACACCUUGGUCCUGAUAAACAUGGUAAAGACAUUGAAAGCUUGGAUAAAUACGCAAGUGAAAGAUGGGAGAUGUUAUUGCAUUACUUAGUUGGAUCAGAAACGAACUCAACCAUAAGCCAAGACAUCAAAGACCUGAUUAACCAAGCUGGCUUGAUGAAGCAAGGCAGUGAAGGGGGGAGAUCAUAUUCCAUCAUUACUGCUAAGGGAUUCCAAUUUCUAUUGUUGGAUAACGCAUCACAAGUUUGGUAUUUUGUCCUUGAAUAUUUGGACUGGGUUCGAGAGCGAGGAAUGAACUUGGUUCCAAUCCUUCGAUUUAUCUUUGAACUUAGUUUCUCUUCACCUGGAAAGGACCUACCAACUGACGGGAGAGAUGACCAUGUUCUCAUAUGCCUCCAACAUUUCAGGGAGAUGGGACUUGUAAUGCAAAGAAAGAGAAAGUCGCGCCGUUUCUACCCCACUUACCUUGCUAUUAACUUGGCAAACCGGGCAAAUGCGUCGGUUACGAACGUGACGAACAGUCGGGGCUUUAUUUUGGCUGAAACUAACUUUAGAGUCUAUGCUUAUACAGAUUCAGAACUGCAGUAUUCCAUCUUGUCUCUAUUUUGUAAAAUGUUGUAUCGUUUCCCGAACGUAUGUGUUCUACAACUGACGCGUAAAAGUAUCCAAUCAGCUGUUGUGAACGGAAUAACUGCCGACCAGAUCCUACAUUAUAUUAAAGCUAAUGCGCAUCCUGAUAUGCUCAAAAAUGACCCUAUUAUAGCUCCCACCCUUGCGGACCAGGUUCGACUAUGGGCCAUGGAAAGAGAUAGGUUGACAUAUAGAGAUGGUGUCCUGUAUAACCAGUUUCUUGCACAGAAAGAUUUUGAAGUUUUAAGAAACUAUGCAAAGGAACUUGGCGCCUUAAUUUGGGAAAACUCAUCCAAAAGAUACAUGGUGGUUACAAAGGAUGGGCAUGACCAAGUAAAGAGAUAUUGGAAAAAAUAUAAAAAAGAAUCAGACACUUGAUCAUAUCUGAAGUUGGAUCAUUAUUACAUGAUAAAGUUCAUUAUGAUGGAAGAGGGGAGAUGAUUGUGAUGUCAUUGGUUGGAGUUAUGACAUGAUAAUGUGUUGUGUUUGAUCACUGCCACAAUGAAUGUGAUUUAUUUGCAAUAAAACGUUUUCACUUGCUAAGUUGCAUUGCGUUGUUUAAUUUUGCAGUUGGUGUUAUGCAAACUGUUCAUAUAAUACAACUUUUUCUCUCU